ACACGUUAUAGCAAAAUCGCUUCCCAGUCUGAACGACGAGCUCCACGAUGACGUCAGCCUUCGCCUUCGGGAACUGGGUGGAGAGACGUAGCGCGCGCGGGCGCUGCUGCAGGUGGUACGCGGAACGCGCUGGUUCCUUUAAGAGCGACCGGAGCCCGAGCGCUUCCAUCCGCGAGCUUCUUGCCUUCUCGGGGAGUCGUAGCAAAGCGACAUGGGGAAGCUCCAGGAAUUCGACAUCACUUUCACCAAUAACAAAGUGGUCUACAGCCCUGGCGAAUCCAUUUCAGGCACUGUGAAAAUUAUUACUGGGAACUCCCUGCCGUACAAGGCCAUCAAGGUGAACUGUGUGGGAUCAUGUGGCGUCUCAAGCAGGAUGAACGACAUGUCAUGGAUGCUGGAGGAGCAGUAUGUCAGCAGCAUGCUUUCCAUAGCAGAUAAAGGUAAUCUGCCAGCCGGAGAGCACAGCUUCCCAUUUCAGUUUCUCAUACCAGCCCAUGCUCCCACCUCUUAUGAGGGACCUUUUGGGAAGAUCUUGUACAGAAUCAGGGCUGUAAUAGACACGCCACGGUUCUCUAAGGACUACAAGACCCAGAAGCCCUUCUACCUUCUCAACCACUUGAACCUCAAUGAGGUGCCUGAUAUAGAGCAACCUAGCUGUGCUGUGACAACUAAGAAGUUCACCUACCUCCUAGUGAAGACAGGCACUCUCCUGCUGAAGGCUCACAGUGACCUGAGAGGCUACACCCCAGGGCAAAUCAUCAAACUAUCUGCUGAGAUUCACAACAAAUCUGGCAAAGACACUGGCUAUGUGCUAGCUAGCCUCAUACAGAAAGUGACCUAUAGAACCAAACGGCCAUUGUGUGACUUGCGGACCAUAGCGGAGGUGGAGGGGGCGGGUGUAAAGGCAGGCAAACAUGCAGAGUGGCGGGAGCAGAUCAUUGUUCCUCCCCUCCCUCAGUCUGGCCUUGCUGGCUGCAGUCUCAUAGACAUCGACUACUGCAUCCAGGUGUCACUAAAGUCUCCUGAGACAGUGGUCACUCUACCCAUCUACAUUGGGAACAUUGCCAUCAACCUGACUGCUUUACAGUCACCUCCAGUCAACACUCUUCAGCAUGGUGCUCCAAUGCCUCCUAUGACAAGCCUCAGUCCCAGACCAGUUGUUCCAAGUGCUCCCCCUGUUGAGGAUGACCUGGAGGCUGAGCAGGGUGCAGGGGGGCUAACCAGUGAAGAGAUUCCCACCAAGAGUCACUCCCAGCAAGACCCAUCAGGCCAGGCUCUUACCCUGUCUCCCAGUGCGUUCAGUCACAUGCCAGGCCAAGCUGUUAUUCAAAGUCAUCACGCCCAGUCAGCAGAGAGCUCCACGCCUUUGUUCUGUGUGUCCACGGGUGCCACUAUCCCAUUUUUCUCUGAAGGUAAUGCCACUCCUGUGCCCACCACAUGCCCGCUUAUUCUGCCUCCGGAGUACAGCAGCUGGGAAUACCCACAUGAACCCCCACCCACAUAUGAGGAAAGCUGCAGCAGUAACAACUCCAGCUUCAACACCAGCUUGACGUAGAUGAGUCAAGGCACUGGAAAACACACAUUUCCAUGUGUACAUCUGCAAGUGCCCCUGCUGGAUGCUCUAGUCAUUGCAUCCCUAUCCCAAAUCUGAACAAGUUUAGAUAGAAGGGAUCAUUGAAUUUUCAUUUGAUUUAUAAUACCAGUACUCUUUGUUCCUUGGUAUGGAAGAAAGGACCCUGGAACAAAAACAGGGAAUGAGCUUAUCAGUGCCUAAAUACAGUAGCACUCCUGAACAAUUACAGGUUAAUGAAACCUACUGCAUAUAUAUGAAAGGAAUACCAGCAUCUGUGAUGUCUUUACAUGAAAGUCUGUAUCUAUAUGUCUUUCACUUGGCCCAAGCUGACCUUCUGUGAAGCCUGUUUAAAAAGACCGGCUUAGUAAAGCCACAGCCUGCAUGACCAUUUCUGUAGGACUUUAAAACAAAACUGUGGUCACUUUACGCCUUUGAUCUGUGAACCUGCAGAGAAAUGUUCACUCAGGCCAUUGAGAGUGUAAGAUGGCUGUUGUGGAAACCCUGGUUAUUAAUAGGUAGCCAUCUUUGCUACUGGAGGAAGACACGGUACAUCUGUCACCCUCCUUAUCACUGAACUGCAAUGAGCUCUAUGCAGACACUGCUUUAGCUUUCAACAUAUAAUGUAGCUGAUCAUUAUAUAUGGGUAGAGAAGGCACCACAUGGUGAGUGAACAGUAGCUACUACUCUUUGGAUAGACAGAGGAAAAACAAUUCUUGUUACCUUUCUACCUUGGAUGUUGACCGCUUGCUUAAUUUUCUCAUUGAAGAUUUAGGAAGACCUUGCUUACCCCUUAAUCAUUAUUAUAUUUAGUACAUUUUAACUAUUAUGUAAUAAUUGCAGUAAUAAUGUUGUUGGAUAAGAAAAAAACAUUGUUGGAAGAUAUGAGAGUGAAUUAUCAUUACUUUGUAAUGAUUUUGCACUGGGUCAUUUAUUAUAAAAUGCCGCUAUCAAAUUGGCUGUUAUGACCCUCUGCAUGUAUUCUUAAAAGUCGAUGCACACCCAGUGAGUGUGUGGGGUAAGUUGUGAUUAGCAUUGCACUAUAAUGAAAUGUUUACUUUCAGGUGCAACCAAGAAAAUAUUUCCUGAACUGGAAUGAAAUGCAUGGGCUACAACAAAUAUGCACCACUGAAACUUAAUGCAAACCCCAAAUGUUUGUACAUGAUUUGUAUCUUAAUUUAUUGUGUUUAAAUCAAGCCACAACUACUGAUCGUAAAAAUUUAUUGACUUCCCAGUUGAGGCCUUAUAUCAUACUAUGAUUGUUAUGUGCAUCUUUGAUAGUAUUCCUACAGUGUUUUAAAAGUAUGAUUAAUCAUGAUCCUUGAACUGUUGGUUUAUCAAACAUUUGAAAUAUUGAAGCACAAAAUAGCACUUUUUAAUAGAAUUUGAUUCUGUCUAUUUCUAUAUUUAAUUCUGUGAAUGAAAGACACAGCGAGUGAGAAAGACCUCCUUUAACCAAUUUCCAAAAAUUCAGUAUUGUUAAGUUAGCUUUAGAUUCAGUUUAGUGUUUACUGUCAUUUUCGGCAUAGUGGAAACAUUGUUCAAAUUCCUGGUUCCUCUCCAGUCUUUCUCAAGUACAUGUUCAGUUUCAGUCUGUUUAGUUCUAAAUACUCAGCCGGGAAUGUUAGUCAUCACUGUCCAGCAUCUAAAGGUUGAGAGUUAUGUUCUUAGCAUAGAUUUUACAACAGACUGUGCAUCCCUGUUGCGGUGGGUUUGUGUAUUCAGGUGCACAUGUGCAUGCCCGUAGACUUUUCAGUACUACACGAGAUGCCAUUUAAUUUAAAAAAGUGUCAUACAUUGAUAACAUUUUAAAACAGUUAAGAAUUUGUAUUCAAUUGUCCAGUAUCUAAAUCGGAGAGGUAGCAGUCACAGAAAACAGGCAAGCUGUUAAAUGUGUAAAGGGCCUUCCUGAUUCAGUCAAAACCAAAACUGUGCUUCACUAAUCCCACUAAGGCAUAGUAUGUAAAACGUCUUCCAUCUACACAUUGUCACACAUGCUUGGUGUGACAAUUGCAAACUUUAGAUGUUAGAACAUUGGAAUAGAGUAAUACGGUCUGAUAAAUCGUUUUUUAAACACCUGAAUGGGUUUUUCUUGAGGGAUUCAAAGCAGCUUGCUCAUGAAUGUUCAAUACAGUACUGCAUCAUUCCAAGGAUACAAGGAUACUACUGUUCUCAAAACAAAACACCAUAUAAUUUUUUUUUUUCAUUUGUCCACCUGGAAAACUAUGGUGACGUACCUGCACGAGCAUAUACCACCACGCAUGUUCUUAAUUUACAUCAACCCCUUGCCUUAACUAUGAAAAUAAUAAUUUAGUCUUACUACAGCUGUGGCACACAGAGAUGAUAUGGCUGCGACUUGGUUUUAAUGGUUUUCCUUUUGCAUGUUAUUAGUUUCCUUGAUUCUAUACUCUAAAUGAAUACCAAUGUAUUGAUCAAGAAUUAUAGAUCCUAUUAGUUUUAUCUAAAAAGGCCCACCAUACUUGUUCAUCUCCUUUCACAAUGAAAAAGGUGUUGAAAUUUGCAGAGUGCAGUAAAGUGGCUCCAGCUUUGGUUUGAACUUGAGAUGUAUGUAUUGACCCCUCUAGCUUUUCAUAAUUCUCAUCACCAAAGGUUCAACAGCUUUAUUACUUUGUUUGUCCAUCAUAUGUUACUUUUUUAAUUGAAAUGGGUGGCCUGUGGUUUUGUACUUUUCUAUUGGAAACAGUGAUUAUGUGCAUAUGGUGAACUUUGGAAAUAUGUUAUCGCCCGAUGCUUGUUAGCGGGUUUUGCAAUGCAGUAGCACCAUUGUGGAUCAAUGUUGUAUUUCAGAAAAAAAAUCUAAAUUGUACAGUGUACUAAUAAAAUAUUAUCA